AUUUUAACAAUAAAAUGUCAAUAAGAAAAUAGUAUUUAAUAAUUAAAUUUUGUAGAGUAAUUCAAGAUUUAUUUUAUUUAAAAUUUAUUUGAAAUAAUAUUAUUUAGUUUCAACAUUUUGCCCCAAUUUUUGUAAUAUGACUUAUCAAAUCAGCAAAAUAUUUAUCAUUUUAUGCGGCUUAAUUUCAUUAAUGGCUUCUCCUUCAAAAAAAGAAAACAACGAAGAAGCUAGUCCAUCAACGAUCGAUGUUGAACCAAAAUCAUUAAAAACUGUUUGCAAUGAACUUAAAGAAAUAUCUAACCAGAGUGAUGUUGAACUCAAAAAGAUUUACAGUGAACUUAAAGAAAUAUCUAACCAGAGUGAUGUUGAACUCAAAAAGGUUUACAGUGAACUUAAAGAAAUAUCUAACCAGGUAAUAACUAAAUACUCAUCAAUAAAAAAUUAUGAAGGUUAUGUACACGCUGCAAAAAAUAAUACAGAUCACACGAUAGUUAGAGCUAUGAUUCUGAAUGAAUAUGAAUCAGUCAAAAAAGUUAUAAAUUAUUGUAAAAAACUAGAAGAUAAAUUAGACUUGAAGGAUUAUGUUAAUCAAUUGUUUGGUAUAAUGCUAGAAAAAAUAUAUAGACAAUCGAGUUUGAUGUGUUUUUUACCGAAUAAUAAAAUAUUGAAGAAAAUAUUUGAAUAUUAUUCUAAUGAUUCAAAUUUCAUCUCAAAGUCAGUAUUUUUAGAUUUUUUGAAUAAUGAAAAACUACUGGACGAAACGGAUAAAUCAUACCAUAAUAUAGUUGACCAAUUAGAUUUACAAAGUUUUUCUAUAUUAAUGGAACCACAUUUGCCAAAAUAUUUAGAAAAUCUAACAGUAGAGCAAUGUACAUUAGAAGAAUAUUUAAAUAUGCUCACAGACUAAAAAUUUGUGUAUUGUAUUCUAAAAUCAUAAAAUAUAUUACUGAAUAAUAAUAAUGUUACACCUCAUAAAAACUAAUUUUCAAAUAAAUUCUAAUAUUAUUUAAUGUAAUAGUAAAGAUUAUAAGUUUGUCUCUGAUAGUACAGUAUAAAAAGUUUUGAAAAUAUUAAUACAAUUAUAUUUUUAACACGCUUAU